AUCGAUCAUCCAUGACGCCCACUCACGACCGCCACACGACCACCGUCACCAAUGGCCACCACAACCCACAACCCUCAUUGACCACCCACAACCAGCCUGGCAUGCCCCAACACCACAAGAACAACGCAGCAACGCCACGUCACCAGCUCUGGCAAGAAAACGAGCGCCUGCAACAUCGACGCGACAAUGAGGACAGUGACAACGUUGUGUGCCAACCCAGGUGCCACGUCGCUUCUAGCGACGUGGCAACCAAACGACGAAUGACAACCAAUUCGCUGUUCGUCGUCCGGACUGACACGACACAACGACGGUGCAACGCCAACACAGGACAGCGACGACUCAACAACAAUACGGAACUACCAUGCGACUACGACACGGGACACGGAUGUGCCACGUCAUCCCAGAUGGCGACAACGCAUGCCGUCAUCACCGUCCACAGUAGACAGGUGAGCACAUCACAUUCGGCCAUCUAG